AUGCGUGCACAGGGCAGCAAGAGGCGGCGCUCACUAGGUGGCGCGGCGACGGGCUGCGCACGGGCAGGACAGUGCGCGGCGGCGGGCGGCGCACGGGCAGGGCAGGCGCGCGAGCGGCGAGGCGACGCGUCAGCAGCGCGACGCGGCCAGCAGGGCGCGCGGGGUGGGGCAGGCAGAGUAGCGCGAAAAAUAAUAAUAAUAAUAAUAAUAAUAAUAAUAAUAAUAAUAAUAAUAAUAAUAAUAAUAAUAAUAAUAAUAAUAAUAAUAAUAAUAAUAAUAAUAAUAAUAAUAAUAAUAAUAAUAAUAAUAAUAAUAAUAAUAAUAAUAAUAAUAAUAAUAAUAAUAAUAAUAAUAAUAAUAAUAAUAAUAAUAAUAAUAAUAAUAAAACGCGCUGAAGCAGUGGCGCGCGGCUAA